GAAGACAACAAACAAGACGUUCUAAACCACUAAAGGGGGAAAGUAGAGGGAAAACAACGACUAAAUAAACUUGCCACAAUUGCGGCCUAGUAAACGACAUGCAACACAAAUAAGCUUUAGUUGUUAUUGAAUUAUUACCCCGAUAAAUUGUGCUUAUUUUCCACUUAAAGCCACAACAAUAAGUUGUCAAACAGUUAGUGAAAUAAAAUUUAUUUAAUUAAUUAAAGAAGAAAAAAAAAUGUUCCUUUAUGAGGCUCCUACAAAAUAUAAAUUUUCCACUGUUGAAGAAUUCCAAGAAGCCUUCAAUCUCUUUGACAAUCGUGGUGAUGGCAAAAUCCAUGUCAGUCAAGUGGGUGAAUGCUUACGCGCCCUGGGACAAAAUCCCACCGAAUCCGAUGUCAAAAAAUGCACACAUCAAUUGAAACCCGAUGAGCGUAUAUCUUUCGAAGUUUUCUUACCCAUUUAUCAAGCCAUUUCCAAGGCUAGAUCUGGUGAUACGGCCGAUGAUUUCAUUGAAGGUUUACGCCAUUUCGAUAAAGAUGCCAGUGGUUUCAUUUCCUCAGCCGAACUAAGACAUUUACUCACUACCUUGGGCGAGAAAUUGAUGGACGAAGAAGUGGAACAAUUGUUGGCCAAUCAAGAGGACUCACAGGGCAAUGUUAAUUAUGAAGAAUUUGUACGCAUGGUUAUGAAUGGUUAGGAAGCGUAAAAAAACAAACGUAAAAGGAGAGAAGCCAAAUAUCAACUUUAAAUGUAUUUGUUUUUUUAUUAACCACCAACAACAACAAAAAACUCUUCAAUUACAGCCAUUUUUUUCUUACCUAACUUAUAAAUAAAGUUUUUUUUUAUAAUUCGGCAACUUAACUUAAGUAGAAACCUUUUAAAUUCCUAAAAACCCUUUUGAAAAAAGUAUUUUGUAAAGUAUUUUCUUAAACAAAUAAUUUAUUUUCUGCUUGUUUUGCA